AAUUAAAUAGUGGGAGUACACGCCACCCCCGUCCCAUAGGAUCGAUGCCCAUGGGUGACAUCAUGUAUUUGGAUAUUUUCAAAAAGGUGAAAAAUUGCAUUUCAAAUAGUACGUCAGUGUCCUUCAUUUCUUUGAGAACUAUUUUAAGUUUCAAUUGUUUUCAAACGCGUGCCUGUCAUAUUUUGUCACCGACACGAACUGCAAAAAGCACCCGCACAUUCCCCCUCUACUCUGCCCGAGUCAAUGGUUCUCUAAAAGCCCCCACUGUGCGCCCGCACGAUUUGCGUAUUAACUACAAGUCCCAGAAACCAUUGCUUGUAAACACACAUAACGUGUCACGUUGACGUCCACAGUCUCUUUCUGAUUGGCCGAGACGCUGUCACUCGUAGGCAGGUGUAUCCACUGUACGCUCGACCCCCUAUCAGACGCCAGCGGCCAUGUUAUGUCCCCAGGGAGUCGGUAAUUUUUUUUUGGUGAAAGGGCUCGGAAAGCGGUCUUCAUCCCGACUGAGAAGCGAGGUUCCAGCUCUCUGAAAAUAUCUGACGGUGCUCCAAGUACACGAACCUGUCGCCAUGAGCCGUCCGUCCUCAGCGGGCGGCGGGGGCGGAGGACUCGCCGGGAAGGCUGGCGGAGGCAAACACGGCGGCUCUUCGGGAGCAGCCGCGGCCGCCGCCGCAGCCGCCGCGGCGGCAGCGGCAGCAGCUGCGGCUGCCGCCGCCGGAGUGUCGGGGUCUGUGGCCGGUUCGGGCUCCGCCGCGCCCGCCGCGUCCGUGGCGCUGCCGCCCGCCGCGCUGCAGGGCCAGUCGGCGGAGCUGACCGCGCUCUUCGAGUGCCCCGUGUGCUUCGACUACGUGCUGCCGCCCAUCCUGCAGUGCCAGGCCGGCCACCUGGUGUGUAACCAGUGCCGCCAGAAGCUGAGCUGCUGCCCGACCUGCCGCGGCCCUCUCACGCCCAGCAUCCGGAAUCUGGCUAUGGAGAAAGUUGCGUCCACGCUGCCUUUUCCUUGCAAGUACGCCUCCUCUGGCUGCAUGCUGUCGCUGCACCACAGCGAGAAGCCGGAGCAUGAGGAGCUGUGCGAGUUCCGGCCGUACACCUGCCCCUGUCCGGGGGCGUCGUGCAAGUGGCAGGGCUCGCUGGAGGCCGUCAUGCCGCACCUGAUGCACGCCCACAAGUCCAUCACCACCCUGCAGGGCGAGGACAUCGUCUUCCUGGCCACAGACAUCAACCUGCCCGGUGCUGUCGACUGGGUCAUGAUGCAGUCCUGCUUCGGGCACCACUUCAUGCUGGUUCUGGAGAAGCAGGAGCGAUACGAGGGCCACCAGCAGUUCUUCGCCGUCGUGCUGCUGAUCGGCACCCGCAAGCAGGCCGAGGGCUUCGCCUAUCGGCUCGAGCUGAACGGCAACCGGCGCCGGCUCACCUGGGAGGCCACGCCGCGCUCCAUCCACGACGGCGUGGCCUCCGCCAUCAUGAACAGCGACUGCCUGGUGUUCGACACGUCCAUUGCCCACCUCUUCGCCGACAACGGCAACUUGGGCAUCAACGUCACCAUCUCCAUGUGCUGAACAGGCGGCAGACGCCGUAGGACGUCAGCCGCUCGUGCUUUCCUGAGGAGAGGGGCAGUGCGCGUGCGUGUAUGAGUGUGUGCAGGCGCGCCAGCGCCUUCCUGAAUGCGUGUUCCUCUUUUGAGGCCAACUUCCUGCCGGAUCUAAGUGGUAGGCCCCCGGCUCUCUGGGACGAGGUGUUUACGUGGCGACCACAACCCGAUCGACCUCCAUCGCGAGUUCGAGGGAGGGGACGUGCAAUGACUGGUUCGUAAAUGCCACAGGUACCCUGACUGCCCCCUAACCCUCCCCGCAGUCAGGGGAGUCUCUUUGAGUUCUGCACUUUGUGCUGCCCCUAGUGUCGGACUUGCUGUACUGCAAUGCGCAUAUAUUUUUUUUUCCCACUAAGGUGACAGCAAAGCAGUGUUUGGAAAACAAAGCGUUGAAACUGCGUUUGGGGUUAAGGGUGCUGCACAGGCUGAUGGAGCCUGCAGGAGGCACCGGGAAGAAAACGGCGACGGGUUAGUCGGUCCAGCUACCCGUGGUGGGUUGUGACGGCUGUUUGAGUUGCCGGAGCAACGACAGCGGAAAAUGGCGGCUUUUGGUUGUUAAUUGUUGAUACUGUGCGUGUGGUGACCCCGACGUUAGCCUUGUUGGGAGAUUUCCGACUAAGAACCAGGAGUUAUCGUGCCCUCGCUAAAAGCCCUGUCGCCCUUGGUUACUUGCUCGACACAGCAGUCCUCUGCAGAUGGAUUCCCUGGGGAGGGGUGGGACUGUCAAAUCCAUUAAUGCAGCUUUUUAAAAAGACUUGUUUUACGACACGAAGAGCGACUUGUAUCGAUGAGGAGGGGAGUGUGCUCACGAUGUGCAUGUUUCAUUCAGCUUGUGACCAUUAAUAUGUUUCUUACAUCCACUCAGCUUCAGUCCCAGCUGUACAGCAUGAUCACCCUCCCCAGUCAGAUAUU